AUGGAGUUGUUCUUCUACGCCGUGUUCGAUGGAUUAGCCGCUGUUGUUGCAGUUCUCGAGCUUAGCAAAAACAAUAAGGAUCGAAUCAAUACUUCCUCCGCUUUCAAUUCCAUCAAAAAUAAUUAUCUUCUCAUUUAUUCUCUCAUAGGUCGGAAGAGGGCUUGUGUGACUUACUGCUUAACCUACAUUGCGAGCUGCAUCACCAAACAUUCUCCUCAGUACAGAAUUUUGAUGUUGGGACGUAUCUUGGGAGGCAUUCCCACUUCACUUCUAUUUUCAGCAUCCGAAUCAUGGCUUGUUGCCGAGCAUUUCAAGAGGGGCUUUGAUCAGCAAUGGCUGUCAUUAACAUUCUUGAAGGCCAUAUUUCUUGGAAAUGGCCUUGUCGCCAUUUUUUCUGGGCUGUUUGGAAAUGUUCUUGUUGAUACAUUGGCUCUUGGACCAGUAGCCCCCUUUAAUGCUGCUGCAGGUUUUCUCACAAUUGGUAUGAUCAUCAUAUUAUCUACAUGGACAGAAAAUUACGGUGAUGCUUCUGAAAACAAGAGCUUGCUUGCCCAAUUUAAGGGUGCCGCUGUGGCCAUUGCUUCUGAUGAAAAAUAG